AUGGAAUCUAUUCCUGAUACUUUUAAAGCGGUUUUAGUUAAUAAAGGAAAAGUUUAUGUUGAGGAAGUUGAAACUCAGCCUCUGAAGGAAGGAGAGGUUAGGGUUAGAGUGGAGGCAACUCCUGUUAAUCCUAGUGAUAGAAUGGUUGUGGAGGGAGUUUAUGGGAUUAAGGAGCUGUUGAACCCUCAGCCUACUGGGAUGGGGUUUGAAGGAGCUGGAGUUGUGGUAGAGGUACAUGAAUCAGUAGGAGAAGAUUUGAUAGGAAAGACUGUAGCUUUGUCAGAUAAUGCUCAUCGUCCAGAGUAUCAAGGAAUUUGGAGACAAUAUAUUGCCAAACCAGCCCAAUCUAUAAUUCCAAUACCAGAUGGUAUUGAGCCAUCCCAAGUAUGUGCUGCCUAUGUCAACCCACUCACUACUAUCUUGAUGAUCAACCAAGCCAAGAAGUUUGGUCACAAAGCUCUCAUCCAUGGUGCUGCUUGUUCAGCUCUAGGUAAAAUGCUUGUCAGAUAUGCAAACAAAUUAGGAUUUCCAGUGAUCCAUGUUGUCAGAAGACAAGAACAGGUUGACAUUCUCAAAGAUAUUGGAGCCGAACACAUCUUGGAUUCAUCUACAGAAACAUUUGAUGAAGACCUCAAGAAGUUGUCAUCUGAGUUAAAUGCCACUGCAUACUUUGAUCCGAUUUGUGGAUCAUUCUGCACAAGAGUUCUGACUCAGAUGCCAGCCGGAUCAACUGCUUAUGUGUAUGGAGCAUUGUCAGGUGAACCAGUCACAUUGAGUCCAAUAGACAUCAUCUUUUACCAAAAGUCUGUCUCAUAUCUCUACUUGUCAAUUUGGAUGAAAGAAGCUACUCAAGAAGAAAUCAAAGAAGCUGUUGGAACUGUUGUAGAAGACCUCGUUAAAGGAGGAGAGAUCUUUGGUUCAAAAAUCUACGAAACCUAUUCUCUCGACAAUGUCAACGAAGCGAUCGAAGCAGCUGUAAAAGACGCUACAAAGGGCAAGAUAUGUAUUAACCCUCAACUUUAAAAUUCAAGACUCAUAAAUCUUUGCC